AUGGAAAUGUCGAUCUUUCCCGUAAAAAAACGUUAGGAUAGUUUGAGACCCCUGAUGUAUGUCAACGUUUGUAUGUGGUACGGAUUGGAGCUCGGGAUUACGAGUUUCUGGGGAGCCCGUAAAGUGGUCUCAUGUCAGCCCACGGUGUGUGUGUGUGUGUGUGUGUGUGUGUGUUGCUAUUGUGUCGAGCGUGAACAGUAGAGAAAUGGGAGGAGGAGAAGGUCACACUAAGUCACAGCUCGGCGUGAUCUCCACACCUAUCAUCCUCGGUCGUGAUGGACUUCCUGCUGAGCGGAGUGGCGGCCUGCGGGGCGUGUGUGUUCACCAACCCGCUGGAGGUGGUCAAGACGCGCAUGCAGCUGCAGGGAGAGCUCAAGAGCCGCGGCACCUAUCAGGUUCACUACCGCAACGUUUUCCACGCGUUCUACACCAUCGGUAAAGUGGACGGACUGGUCGGCUUACAGAAAGGACUGGUGCCCGGGCUAUUGUACCAGUUUUUCAUGAAUGGAAUCAGAUUGGGCUCGUACGCCGUCAUCGAAUCUUCUGGAUACAUCCACACCGACGGAAGAGUCAGCGCGGUCAAAACCACGAUAGCCGGUGCUGUGGCUGGAGUGGCCGGAGCAGUGACGGGCAGCCCCAUGUACCUGGUGAAGACUCAUCUGCAGAGUCAGUCUACCUCCACGAUUGCAGUUGGACAUCAAUAUAAACAUGAGGGAUUGAUCCACGCUCUGGCUGGUAUAUACAGGAAGCACGGCAUUCUGGGGCUGUGGAGAGGCUCCAGUGCUGCUGUACCAAGGGUCAGUGUGGGUUCAUCUGCUCAGCUCUGCACCUUCUCCUCCUCCAAAGAGCUCGUGAACGACCUACAGCUUUUCCCAAAGGACAGCUGGUUGGUGGCCCUGAGCGCUGGCAUGAUCAGCAGCGUCGUGGUGGUGCUGGUGAUGACGCCUUUUGACGUCGUGAGCACGCGACUGUACAACCAGCCCGUGUGCUCAAUGGGCAAGGGGGAGCUUUACAAAGGAUUUGCUGAAUGCUUUUCCAAGACGCUGAGGAAGGAAGGCUUGACCGGACUCUACAAAGGCUUGGGAGCCUCUUAUUUCCGACUUGGUCCACACACUAUUCUGUCUUUGUUCUUCUGGCAUGAACUGCGCAAAUCGUACCAGCAGGUCAGAUAACACCAGGGACACUUAAUUAAGCUCUGAGUGUGUAUGUUUUAAUGAGUUUUACUGUCAUCACGUCAAAGUAAAACCAGGUCCCUCUUUUAAAAUGGGACAGAAACGGGGAAAAGGGAACAUUUUACACGCCGAUAAGAAAACACAUGCGGAAUUAAGAAGGAAGAGCUUUUAUGAUGAUGAUGAUGAUGAUAAUAUAAUGACAACCUGAACAGACCUCAUAUAUACACUAUACUAUACCGUACAGGUAAAUAGGUCAAACACGUACACUCCUGUGUUACAUCACUCCAAAUGACAUAAAAGUCUGCAUGGCACAUGUGGCCCAGUGUGAUGAAAUGAAUGGAAUGUGCCAAAAAGAACUGCCACUACUCACAUGCACCAGUGUUUUAUGAAGGGAAAACAGGUGUGACAUGGAAUUUUAUUUGAAAAUAGAUGUUUAACAUGUAGUUACUGGAAAGCUUAACCCUUUAACACCUAAGCCUCAAUUUUUUGUUUAUUUUAGUUAUAAAAUGAACCAGAGUGUCCUGUG